GCUUCAUAGCCAGAUGCGGUUUAGUCGCGGUCCGUACGCAAACGGCGACGGUUCUUAUCGAUAAUUCGUCGAAAUUCAUUCGCGUCAGUGCACACCGGGAGAUCCGCGGGGGAGUAUUGUAUUUGUACCACUGAUUAAAAAAUAAUUGACGCUGCAGUCGCUUGAUGACCAUGACACACGAUUUGAAAAUAAUGAGGCCGGAAUAUCAAGCAACCAUGAUAAAAGCGUACAACGGCGCAUUGGUCUUGGCAAAUGUUUUACUACUUGUUUUGAAAAUUUUAUAUUACAUCUGCGAAAGUGUGUAUAAAUUUUUUGUGCCAACGGAAGAGAAAAGCGUGGUCGGGGAGAUCGUUUUGAUAACAGGCACGGGCCAUGGUAUCGGCAAGGAGUUAGCGCUCCGUUAUGCGUCUUUAGGCGCGACGGUGGUAUGUUGGGAUAUGAAUCAACAAGAAAACGAGGAGACAGUGAAGGAGAUUAAAAAGAUGGGCUCGUCGAGCACAGCGUAUGCGUACAAAUGCGACGUAUCGAAGAGAGAAGAAGUCUUCGAAGUAGCCGCUAAGGUCAAGAGAGAAGUCGGCGAUGUUACUAUCUUAGUUAACAAUGCCGGUAUAAUGCCUUGUCAUACUUUCCUCGAUCACACCACCGACGAGAUUAGACGAAUCUUCGAUGUCAACGUGUUAGCUCACUUCUGGAUACUGCAGGCAUUCCUACCAAGUAUGAUUGCAAAAAAUCACGGUCACGUAGUUGCGCUCUCGUCCUUGGCGGGCCUCGGUGGCCUUCCAAAUUUGGUUCCCUAUUGCGCCAGCAAGUUUGCAGUCAGAGGACUCAUGGAGGCGAUUAGCGAGGAACUACGAACAUCUACCAAAGGAAAAUCACAGAUCAAAUUCACUACCAUUUAUCCGUACAUGGUGGACACUGGGCUGUGCAAGAAGCCAAAAAUAAAGUACCCGCAUGCCAUGCCGUUGGUUUCACCGCAGCAAGCAGCCUCAGAAAUAAUCAGAGCACAGAGGCGAGGUUUUCGAGAGAAAACAAUACCCGCAUAUUUUCUGUCAUUAGGAACGGUGCUGAGGAAUUUCCCUGACAAUGCCUUAUUCAGCCUGACAGACUUCAUAGAAAGCGGUGUCGAGGCAGACAUUUAAUAACAAAUACGCGAGACAUUCGUCGUCGCGAAUUAAGUCGAGGCGAAUCCUGAAACACGUGUGAUUUGUGAAUAAAACUGUUUAUACGUGAUUUUUUCAUACAUUAUUGCGUUACUUACGGAUAGUCGAGCAAUGUGAACUGAGCCGUUCGCGAUUCUUAUAUCGCGCGUUUUUGUACUUUACGUUUAUUAUAUUAUGACAUAACUGUGUUUCAUAUAUACAUGUAGGAAAUAACAAAAGUGUUAAAGAAAAGGAUACAAUACAAUACGCUUCGAACGCAUCGAUGAAUCGUGGACAGCUCCGAUAUAUAUAAAUAAGUAUGUAAAUGUUAUAUGAUAAAUAAUGAUAAAUAAUGUCAUUAUAGGUCAACAAGACUUUGUACAAAUUUUGACAAAAGGUCGCAAUCUGUCAUUUCCUCGACGAUGUCGUGUGAAUUAAUAGCGGGCGCGACAAUUGUUUCAUUCUGUUAAUGACAGCGUAUUGGUAGAAUUCUUUUACAUUUGUACAACGAAAUAUUAAUGCGAUGAUAAAACGCACUGAUGUUAUUACAUGGGAAAUAAAAGGGUCACAACAACUU